AUGCGAUCCCUAUCACCACUCGCGUCGCUCGCGAAUGUCUUCCGCAUCCCAAUGUCCAUGGCCCCUGCUCGCCCGUCGCCCUCAUCCGCUACUUCCUUUACCACCCUCUCACCCCUCGCCCCCCUCCGCUUCUCUCGCAACCGCUACCUCCGCCACUGGACCAUCCACCGUGCCUGGCAGCUUCUGCAGGCUAAGCAGCGCCGCAACCAGGAAUUAGAGCUGCAGCGCCAGUACCAAAGCAUGCACGCUGCCUGUGAGGAAUUGCGCACCGGCGCCGGCGAUGGCGGCAAGCUGUUCCGUGUGGCAAUGAAUAAGAAGGGGGUCUUCAGUGAGAUGUUCCCCAUCGAGUACGGGCGUAUGCAGACCGAUUAUCCCCCGCCGAGGGUUGGAACCAUGAGUGGAAACGCCCUGAGAAGAAGUACUAGGUGUUUGUUUGAGGAUAGAUAUACCAUGCGCUGA